GGGCUCAUCAAAAAGCAACCUUCCACUCCCAUUUAUGCUCAGAAAGUAGCCGAAGCCCUUCCACACCCAUUGAUAGAAUCAGAAGAACAGACAUGAAGCUUUGGGCUUUGGCUCUGUUAUUGCCUAUUUUGGUUCAUGGUGUUGCAGGAGAUGGUUUUGUCAGAACUGGGGGAGCUCGUUUUCUGCUGAAUGGUAGUCCUUACUAUGCAAACGGCUUCAAUGCCUACUGGUUAAUGUAUGUCGCCUCCGACCCAUCUCAGAGGUCGAAGGUCUCCGCCGUGUUUCGUGAAGCCUCAAGCCAUGGCCUUACGGUUGCUAGAACUUGGGCUUUCAGCGAUGGUGGGUAUAGACCUCUUCAAUAUGCUCCUGGCAACUACAAUGAACAAAUGUUUCAGGGGUUGGAUUUUGUUGUAACUGAGGCCAGGAGGUUUGGAAUCAAGCUGAUAUUGAGCUUGGUUAACAACUAUGAGAACUUUGGAGGGAAAAAACAGUAUGUAAAUUGGGCAAGAAGUAAGGGACAGUACCUGAAUUCUGAUGAUGAUUUCUUCAGGAAUCCUGUCGUGAAGGGAUUCUACAAAAACCAUGUCAGGACCGUUCUUUACAGAUACAACAGAUUUAGUAGAAUUCAUUACAAGGAUGAUCCAACAAUUAUGGCCUGGGAGCUUAUGAAUGAGCCUAGAUGCACAUCAGACCCAUCUGGAAGAACAAUCCAAGCUUGGAUCAUGGAAAUGGCUUCCUUUGUGAAAUCUAUUGACAGAAACCACUUGCUAGAAGCAGGUUUAGAAGGAUUCUAUGGACACUCAUCACCUCAAAGAAUGAGACUGAACCCAGGUUUUAACAUUGGGACAGACUUCAUUGCAAACAACAGAAUCCCAGGCAUUGAUUUUGCUACUCUUCAUUCCUAUCCUGAUCAAUGGUUAUCAAGCUCAAAUCAACAAUACCAGCUAUCAUUCUUAAACAAUUGGAUAUCAACCCACAUACAAGAUGCACAGUACAUACUACACAAGCCAAUUCUCCUCACAGAAUUUGGCAAAUCAUGGAAGGUUCCAGGUUUCAGCACAAAAGGAAGGGAUGUUCUAUUCAAUACCGUAUACUCCAAAAUAUACUCAUCUGCGAGAAGGGGUGGCGCCGCCGCUGGGGGCCUCUUCUGGCAGCUACUGACGGAAGGAAUGGAUUCUUUUCGCGAUGGAUAUGAGAUAAUCCUAAGCCAAAACCCUUCAACGGCGAACGUGAUAACCCAACAAUCCCGCAGGCUGUAUCAAAUUAGAAGGAUCUUCGCUAGAAUGAGAAACAUCGAGAGAUUGAAGAAGGCUAGGGCUGCAAGGGUCAAACCAAUUGGAAAUUGAAGGAACUUGGUAAAGGGUUUCUCUCCUUGAGAUGAAUCGCUUCGUCCAGGAGGAGAGCUGAGAUUUAAAUUCAUGUGUUCUUAUUAUGAGCUUGAACGGACCGAAUUUUUAGUUAUGCAUUAUUUUGUUCUCGGUGGUUAUACAAAGCCUAAUUUGACCC